AUGCACUGGUACCUCGCUUGCGGCGGCCUUCUCACGUGGGCCGCCUUGAGCACCAGUCCAGCUCUCGCAUCAAACUCCACUUGCAUUGGCAUCAAUGCAGUGAAGCCUGAGUGCAAGCCUGCAGAGCCACCGUAUCACCGGGAUGUCUUCUUUAUCGGUGGCGAGUACGUGACCAGCGGGACGUCAUACAUCAUUUCGGACCAGAUGUACGUUGAAAAGCUGACAUCCAUCUCUGGCGUCGACAAACCCUUUCCGAUCGUAUUCAUCUCUGCUGGUCUACCCUCCGGGAACGUUUGGCUUAACACUCCAGACAACCGCAAAGGAUGGGCAUCGCAUUUCCUUGACAAGGGGUACCAAGUCUACAUCGUCGACAUAACCGCCAACGGACGGAGCGCACAAAACGAUGUCAACAAAUACCCCCUCCGUCUGGGAUCGACAGUAUCCAUCCACGAGAACGGCUUCACUGCCCCUGGGUACCUCAAUGCGUACCCUCAGUCGCAGGGGCACGACAAGUGGCCGGGCAAUGGGACAAAAGGAGACCCGGUCUUCGACGCCUUCUUUGCGUCCACUGUCCCCUUGACCUCCAACAGCACGGCACAGGAGCUGUCAAUGCGGGCAGCGGGCUGCAAGCUGCUGUCGCUCAUCGGACAGUCGUAUCUCGUGGGGCACUCGGCCGGGGCGACAUACUCUGCGCUGAUGUCGGACGAGUGCCCGGAGACGGUCCGGGCCACAAUCAACCUGGAGCCGGGGAACAUUCCGUUCCAGAGUCUCAUCGGCAACGCCACCGUGCCUGCGGUUGGACGCACCCGCAGCCGACCUUGGGGGCUUACCAACACCCCGAUCACAUAUGACCCGCCAGUCGUCAAUGUCGCUGAGGAUCUGCUCACGGUCGAGGUCGGGGAGGACACGCCCGCCUUGCGUUCGUGCUUCUUGCAAUCCAACGGGACCGUGGUCCGAUCUUUGCCUCAGAUCGCCAAGGUGCCCUAUGUCGUAUUCACCGCCGCCAACUCCCCUCAUAUAACGUAUGAUCACUGUUUUAUUUCGUACCUUCAGCAGGCCGGCGUGAAGGAUGUCACAUGGGUGAAGUUUGGGGAUUUGGGACUGUUGGGCAACGGCCAUUUCUUCUUUUUGGAGGAGAACAACAUGGAGCUUGCUGCAGUCGUAGAGCAAGAGAUAGCAAGCAGGAGCUAA